CCCUGCUUCCCAGCGCAAUACCGCACUCAGCGCGAACGCUGAGGGAAUCACCACCGCAUACCCGGCAUACUGCCAGCAAAGGACUGCAGCAGCACCCGUACGACGAGGAAGGCCGCAAACGCACGGAUCGGGACGAGGACUACGUGCGUCGGAACCGCACACAGCAUUGAGCUUGGAAGAGAGGGUGGACAACACUCAAGAGGGAGGGAAAGAGAAGCAGGACAGGGGGAGGCGGGAAAAGGUUCAGUAAGGACUAACAAGAAUCGUUGUUGUACAAGAGCGACACAACCAGGAGGAACUGCUGUAGGCAGGCUGGAGCAUGGAAGACGGAGGGCUCUUGCACGAGCGACGGAUUCUAUUUGAUGUAUUUGGCGUGUCAGAGGACGAUGGGGCCUACGUGCUUAUCGCCGGGCUGAUAAUGGGAGGCUUGACCUUCACGGCGUGCUGCUACUGCAAGGUGUACGACCCCUUGCGGAACUGGUCCAUCAAGACGUACAACCGGUGUUGCAAGAAGCAGCCCAAGGCCGCGGCACCGCCACCACCAGAAGCCGCGAUGGCGGAAGAGCGCCGGCACUGGUAUCUGAACCAGACGCUCCAGAUCGAUCGCGCAGACCGAGACGAGCUUGGACCGCAAGGCGCGAGGACGGGGUUGAAGGGGGGCUGGUACGGAGCACGAAAUGGCGGCUUCGACGUGUAGUCUCA